AUGCCCCCAAUACAAGACCAAUCCAUCCUCAUAAUCGGCGGUUCCUCAGGAAUAGGCCUCGCCGUCGCCCAACUAGCCCUAUCCGAAGGCCUCCACGUCGCCAUCGCCUCCUCCUCCCAGUCCAAAAUAACCACCGCCCUCGCAACCCUAAACUCUCCCUCCUCCCAAAACAAAGACAAACACAAAUACCAAGCCACAGGCCACACGAUCGACCUCCUCUCCCCAGACCCAGAAACCCAUCUCGCCAACCUCCUCUCAACAGUCACCAACAACGGUACCACCAAACUAGACCACAUAAUCCACACCGCAGGUCGCCCCGGUCCACUACCCAUCCAAGACUUUAAUAUGCAAACCCUCGCGGCUGCAGGUCACUUACAUUUCUUCACCCCGUUACUUAUUGCUAAGAUCGCGCCUGCGUUCAUGAAUCCUGGACCUACAUCUUCGUUGAUCUUUACGGGCGGCCAGGUAGCGAAUAGACCUAUUCCGGGGUGGUCUGUGCUUGCGUCGUAUGCGGCGGGGUUGCAGGGCAUGGUGAGGGGGUUGGCGGUGGAUUUGAAGCCGCUGAGGGUGAAUCUUGUUAGUCCCGGGCCGACUGAUACGGGGCUUUUAGGGGAGAGGAGGGAGAUGGUUAGGGAGAGGAUCGCUGAGACGGGGGUGUUAGGGAAGUUGGGCAGCGCGCAGGAGGUGGCGGAGGUUUAUGGGUAUUUUAUGAGGGAUACUAAUGCUACUGGCGGUAUGGUUUGUUCCGAUGGGGGUGGAUUGUUGGUUUGA